AUGUCUGAACCCUCCGACUUGCUAGACGCUUUCCUUCUGACAAACCCCGACAUUGAGUACGUCUGGAUGCAAUGGAUCGACUACACGGCGACAACCCGAGUGCGCAUCUUCCCGCUUGAAGAGUUUGUUUGCAUUGCGCGGAAACAGCGACGAAUUGGCGUCUCACUGGCAGUACAGUGGAUGCUGCAAGACGACACUGUCACGCCAGAGGGAUCUACAACAGGACAAUUUUAUAUGGAGCCAGACCUGAGCAGCCUCCGCCGUAACGGAGGACUGACAACAUCAGCCGCUCCCAGUGCCACUGUGAUGAGCUUUUGGCAAUCAGAGGAGAGCAAGCCACUCGCCAGCUGCCCUCGAACCACCCUUCAAAGCAUUGUUGAAAGGCUCCACAGCACCCACAACGUCGAAGUCCUCUGCGGUGUCGAAAUUGAGGUCAUAUUCCUCAAACCAAUCACGAACCAACAAACCGGCCAAGUUACAGACUACGCGCCCGCAACAACGAAUCACUCCUGGUCGCAAAUGACUUCUGACACACGCAAAAUGGUCCCGAUACUGGAGGAAGUCAAUCGGACGCUGGCGUCCAUUGGCAUCAAACUGCAACAAUUCCACUCCGAGUCCGCACCCGGCCAGUUCGAAUUUAUUCUCCCACCGGCCAACCCACUUGCCGCCAUUGAUACUCUCUUUGCAGCCCGGCACGUCAUCACCGCGGUCGUAGAGCGACACGGGCUCCGCGCUACCUUCCAUCCACGCCCCUUCGCAAACGGAGCCGGCAGUGCCGCGCACGCACAUAUUUCCAUUACGCCACCAACCCGCGAAGAUGCCUUCCUCGCCGGUAUCUUGAGCCACUACCCCGCUAUUGUCGCAUUCACGAUGUCCCAGGAUGCCAGUUACGAACGUGUGCGCUCGGGUAUCUGGUCUGGUUCUGAGUGGGUUGCGUGGGGCUUCCAAAAUCGCGAGGCGCCCGUGAGGAAAAUAGGUCCUGGUCAUUGGGAGAUCAAGACGGUUGACGGCGUUGCUAAUUCUUACCUUGCGAUGGCGGCGCUACUUGCAGGUGGGUUGAUUGGGUUAGAAGAGAAUCAUUCUCUGGCCGUGAAGGAAUGUGCCGUGGAUGCCUCGAGUCUGAGCCCUGCCGAACGCUCUGCUCUUGGUAUCACGACCCCAAUUCCCAAAUCCCUGGCUGAGAGUAUGGCUGCCCUGUCCGAGGAUAAAACGCUGCAAAAUGUUAUGGGGCAUGAAAUUGUCCAGAACUAUCUUAGUGUCAAGCGUGCGGAAUCGAAGCGCUUGCUGGCUAUGCCUGAUGAGGAGCGUCGCUUGUGGCUACUGGAGCGCUAUUAG